AUGUCAAAUAAUCGAAACUACAGCACAAUCGCAGUUGAUCCUGAAGACUCAACAUCACCAAAAGCAACACCACCUUCUAGAAAAAGAUUUCAUCUUUUCGUAGGUGGUGCUAUUAUUGGUAUUGCUGGUGCCAUUAUUAUUGCUUCUACUGUCUUAUUGGGACAAAAUAUGAAGCCUGUUCCCAAAAAGAAUGUGAUCAUGAUGAUCAGCGAUGGAUUUGGUCCUGCUUCUGAGACCUUUGCAAGGCAAUAUAAUACUUGGUUAAACCACGCAGAUGUCAAGACAAUGUUGCCCUUGGAUGAAAUCCAUGUAGGCCAUAGCCGUACUCAAAGUUCCUCCAGUUUUGUCACUGAUAGUGCUGCAGGUGCUACUGCCUUUUCUUGUGCCCAGAAAUCAUACAAUGGGGCUAUUGGUGUUGACCCAAGCCGAAUCGCCUGUGGUACUGUUUUAGAAUCUGCAAAGAUUCAUCAAAACAUGUUGACUGGUUUAGUUGUCACAUCCCGUGUUACACAUGCUACUCCUGCCUCUUUCUCUGCCCAUGUCGUUGAUCGCGACAUGGAAAACUUGAUUGCAGAACAACAGAUUGGCCAUAAUCCCUUGGGAAGAGUGGUUGAUUUGAUGUUUGGUGGUGGUGCAUGUGAAUUCACUCCCUUUUCUAAGCCUGGUAGUUGUCGUGUAGAUGAACGUGACUUGUUGGUUGAAGCACAAGAAAAGUUUGGAUGGGAAGUAGUCUUAUCCAAGGAGAAGUAUGAUGCCUUAGAAACAAAUCAAGUUCAGUUACCCUUAAUGGCUUUAUUUUCCCCUAGCCAUAUGAAUUUUGAAAUCGAUAGAAAGCCCGACCAACAACCUGCACUUCAUCAAAUGGUAUCCAAAGCUUUGGAUAUCCUCAAGACAAAGUCUGUUGAACAAGAUAAGGGAUUCUUUUUGAUGAUUGAAGGCAGUCGUAUUGAUAUGGCUGCUCAUAACAAUGAUCCCGCUGCCCAUCUUCAUGAUAUCUUUGAAUAUCAUAGAACGGCCGAGAUUGUCAAGAAAUUUGUGGAUGAAAAUCCUAAUACAGUCGUCAUCUCUACCAGUGAUCAUGAAACUGGUGGAUUUAGUGCUGGCAGACAAAUUGGUGAAGAUUAUCCUGAAUACAAAUGGAAUCCUGAAGUUAUUCAACGCGUGCGUAAUUCUUCUGAAGUAUUGGCUUAUGCCUGGAAUGCUGCAGUACACAGCACAGAAAUUAGUGAUCAACAACACUAUCUCGAGAAAGUAUUGAUCCAAUCAGGCUUGGGUAUUGACGACUGUGUAUCUGAUGAACUUGAGAAAGUGAAAGCAUGGCAACACACCAACAAGACUAUUUACGAUUUAGCCUACCUUUUCUCUGACAUGGUUUCGCGUCGUGCAUUGAUCGGGUGGGCUACACAUGGCCAUUCAGCUGUGGAUGUCAACCUAUAUGCCAAAGGCCCUUCCACUGAAAUUUUAAGAGGAAGCCAUGAAAACACAGAAAUUGGUGACUUUAUUGUUAAUUACCUUGGUUUAGAUUUGAAUGAUGUAACCAAGAAGAUUGCUGAUAUCAAGUAA